UAGGCGGGAUGCCCCCCGGGGCCUCGGGCUCAGCGCUCAGCAUCCCGGAGCUCUCGGUGGCUUGGGUUGCCUUCUUUCUCUCUGUCUCUCUCCUCCUCCUGCUGCUGCUCCUUCUCCUCCUCCGCCCGAUCUGCCUGACCCAGCCCUGCCAGCGCCUGCUGGGGCCAUGACCAUCAACACCCUCCACCAGGCGGGCAGCUACAAAGUCCAGAUGCCAUGUCUGAGCAAGAUGGAGCGUGUGAUCGUGGGCAUGCAGGACCCAGACAUGGGGGUUAAGAUGCGGAAUCAGCGCCUGCUCAUCACUGUCAUUCCCCAUGCCAUGACAGGCAGUGACAUAGUGGAAUGGCUCAUCCAGAAAUUCUCCAUCUCGGAGGAAGAGUCUCUCCACCUGGGGAACCUCAUUGUGAAACACGGCUACAUCUAUCCCCUGAAGGACCCUCGCUGCCUUGUACUCCGAGCAGAUGAUUCCCCUUACAGGUUCCAGACACCCUAUUUCUGGAUGAGCACUAAAUGGCCAGCUGCUGAACUGGAUUAUGCUAUUUAUUUGGCCAAGAAGAAUAUACAGAAACAAGGGGACCUGAUUGACCAUGAAAAGGAUUACUAUAACCAGCUCCACAAGAAAAUCAAUCACACAUGGGACUUUGUAGUGAUGCAGGCCCGGGAGCAGCUGAGAGCAGCCAAGCAGCGCCGGAAAGGGGACAGAAUUGUCAUUGAGUGCCAGGAGCAGACUUACUGGCUGGUGAAUCGCCCCCCGCCAGGAGCCCUGAAUGUGAUGGAGCAGGGACCUGAGCGGGGUAACUGCUAUACCACCAGAGUACAAAUGACCAAAAAUAUGGACUUUUAUAAGCGAGAGAUUGAGUAUUGUAAGAAGGCCAUGGGUAGAACCAGAGUGAAGUCUUCUAUCUGCCUGGAAGCAUACCUUAAGUUCAAUGAGCAGUACAUGCCCCAUGACCCCAUCAUGUCUGGCUGCCUGCCCAGUAACCCUUGGAUCACUGAUGAUACGGACUACUGGUCGAUGAACGCACCCACGGUGGCUAUACCUACUAAGCUGCGGGUUGAGCGUUGGGCCUUUAACUUCAGAGAGCUAAUGGGGGAUCCUCUGGGCCAUAUCCAGUUCAUGGAGUUCCUCAAGAAAGAAUUCAGUGCUGAGAAUCUGAGCUUCUGGGAAGCAUGUGAAGACUUGCGAUAUGGGGAACAGUCCAAGAUUGCUGAGAGUGUCGACGCAGUCUACCAGCAGUUUCUUGCCCCAGGGGCCACACGCUGGGUCAAUAUUGACAGCAAGACUAUGGAGAAAACGCUUGAAGGGAUCCGCAGACCCCAUCGCUAUGUCAUGGAUGAUGCCCAGAUGCAUAUCUACAUGCUUAUGAAAAAGGAUUCCUAUCCCAGAUUCUUAAAGUCUGACAUAUAUAAGACACUCCUGGCAGAAGCUGUGAUUCCACCAGAGACUAAGAAACGUGUGUUCCCAUUCAUGAGGAAGCAGCGCCACUCCAGCCCUAGCCCCGCACUGCUCCUGCCCUCUGAACAGGAACCUAAGGGGGAGGACAAGGGCAAGAACCUGACUUCUGGCCCCUCUCCUGGGGAAGAGCAAAGCUAGCAAGCAGUCCUCCCUUCCCCUGCUUUUCCCUCUCCUCCGGUUGGCAACCUGGAGGAUGUCACUCAAGUGGGAGGGAGGGUGGGGGUAGGUGUGGGGAAGGGAACAGUGAGAAAAGCUUUUCAUUAACUGAGAUGGUUGUGAGGGCCCCCCUUUCCCCGCUCUUCAGUCCUGCCAUCUCCAACAUCCUCCUUACCCCCAACUCUAAGUCAGUCCUCAGGCAUCUCACCCAACCUAAUCUUGGGGAAAGGAAGCAGGAUGCUGGUCUUAACUGUUGCUAACUUCAGCCUAACAUGGGGCAAGCCACCCUUUGGGUCCCAAUUUCCUUCCUUCCAAGUUACUUAAAGCAUACAAGGACUUGGAUGAAGGUUUCUCUUCUUGUUCUAAAGUUCUACUAUUUAAACUCUAGUCUGGCUUGGUGACUUGAAAGUAGCUUUUCCAUAGGCUCCCUUAGAAUGUUCCUGAUUCUGUAGGUGAGUAGUACUUAUUUUUUAAAGCUCUUUGAGACCAACUCAUCAGGGAGCAACUGUUAGUUACCUGAAAGUCUCCAGGUACCCUUCAUAUCUUAUGUGUGCACACGAAUGAACACCCAGGAGCAUACUUCAGUUUCCUGGAUAAAUAGCAGCUUCCUCCUCUCCCUUCCCAUAGCAGGCUCUCAUCAUUCCAAGAGGUGGCGAGCAAAGUAGCUUUGUUUAGCCACUUUCCACAGUAGGGUAAGGACGCUGGGUUUGUGGGGAAGAAAAAAUAGGGCAAAAUUUCCUGCUUCCUCAACAUCAGAAAAGAUUGAUUUCUAGUUUGCCCCAAAGGGAAACAUCUCCAAAUGAAUCUUGGAUUUGGAAGGGAAUUCAGAAAUCAUUUUUUCCUAAUCCCUAUCUGAACAAGAUUCUGCUCUACCUAUCCAACAACUGGGAUAUCCAGCCAUUUGAACUUUGUUAGACAGAGGAGAGUUCACUAUUUCCUGGAGUCCAUUUUACUUUUGGAUAGCUCUAAUCUUUACAACACUUCAAAUACUUGAAAACAGCUAUGAUCAAGCAUUCUCCCAGCUAAAUAUCCCCAAUUCUUUCCAUACAACCAAACACACCAUGAUUUUGGAACUCUUUACCAUCAAAGUGGGGCAGCUAAUGGUGCAGUGGAUAGAAUGUUAAGGCCCAGAGUCAAGAAGGCUCCUCUUUCUAACUUCAAACCUGACUUCAAAACACUUAUUAGCCAAGUGAUCCUGGGCAAGUCACUUUACCCUAUGUUGCCUGCAUUUCCUUCACGUGUAAAAAAACCUAAGAGAAAGGAAUGGCAAACUGUUCCAGUAUC